AUGAAUGUUAACCUUGAUCAUUUCCCAACACCACAGAGCCAGAUGGCCUAUGUGAACAACCGCUUGAAGGGUGCACCCUACGCCCAGAUCCUACCCUAUAUUAAGAGGGGAAUCUAUACCCUCAACGACUACCAAGAUAUCCUGGACAUCCUAGAGCGCGCCUUCAGUGACCCUAAUUAUGUGAAUAAUGCCUGUAACAAGCUGUUCAACCUGCGCCAAACUAAUAAAGAGUUCAGCACCUUCUUUGCGGAAUUCCAACACUUGGCUCUUAAAGGCGAGAUGCCUAAAGAAACCCUAUCUACCCUGCUUGAACAAGGUAUCAGUCACGAACUCCGAAGCAUGCUUAUGCACAACCAGCCCCCAAGCUGGGAGUAUCACCAGUUUGCCAGAUUCCUGCAGGACCUUGAGAACCACCGCCGCCAGUACACCACAAACCAGCCUCCUGUUGUUAAGACAUAUGCUGCUACUACCAGACCUACUCAGCGCCCCCAGUCACCCUAA